AUGGUGACAGGAGGAAUAGUCCUUGGCCAUAAGGUUUCUAACCAACGCAUUGAGGUGGACAGGGCUAAGGUGGAACUUAUUGAAAAACUUCCUCCACCUAGUGAUGUCAAGGCAAUUAGAAUUGGAGCAGUGUUAGGGCAAAGAAAAGAUAACUUAGUCCAUGUGAUAUACUAUGCUAGCAAAGUCCUCAAUGAUGCUCAAAGAAACUAUACCACUACUGAAAAGGAGUUGCUAGCAAUAGUUUUUGCAUGUGACAAGUUCAGAUCAUACCUCAUUGGUGCUAAAGAAUUCAAUAUUGAAAUCAGAGAUAAGAAAGGAGUGGAGAAUAAGGUAGCAGAUCACCUAUCCAGAAUCUGUCAUGAGGAAGGUGGAACACAUGAUACAAGUGUGAACAAGCUCUUCCCUGAUGAGCAAUUGAUGACAAUUCAUAAAGCACCAUGGUUUGCAGACAUUGCCAACUUCAAGGAUGCCAAAGAACUAGUAAAGAGCUGCAAUGAAUGCCAAAGAUCUAGAAACUUGCCCAAAAGAAAUGAGAUACCACAGAAUUUCAUCUUGGAACUGAAACUGUUUAAUGUGUGGGGAAUCGAUUUCAUGGGACCAUUCCCAACCUCAUAUUCAAACAAGUACAUCUUGGUAGCAAUGAAGUAUGUUUCCAAGUGGGUAGAGGCUAUUGCCACUCCAAUGAAUAAUAACAAGAUGGUCAUGAACUUCCUCAGGAAGAAUAUCUUCAGCCGUUUUGGAGUCCCCCGAGCACUCAUCAGUGAUGGAGGGAGUCAUUUUUGUAACAGACCACUAGAAGCUCUCUUCCUACGAUAUGGGGUAAAACACAAGGUUGCCACACCUUACCAUCCCCAAACAAAGCUGGAACACAAAGCUCUCUGGGCUCUCAAGACACUAAAUUUUGACAGCAUUGCUGCUGGUGCAAAGAGGAUCUUGCAGUUGCAAGAGAUGGAGGAAUUUAGAUCACAAGCCUAUGAAAAUGCCAAGAUUUAUAAAGAAAAAGCAAAGAGAAGACAUGACCUGCAUCUUGCACCCAGGAGUUUUGAAAAGGGGCAACAAGUACUCCUCUAUAAUUCCAAAUUGAGACUGUUCCCAGGAAAACUCAAAUCAAGGUGGUCCGGACCUUUUCUUGUCACAAAAGUCUCGCCAUAUGGACAGAAAUCAUGGAUGAAAGAUCAGAGAGGACUUUCACUGUAA